AUGGCUGAAAGUAGUGAUAGUGUAGUGUCAAAUAACACAAAUACAACUAAUCAAAUAAAUACAGUCCAAAGUACGGAGUCUACGACAAAAACUAAACUUCAAAAUGAAAUCGAACCACCUAGUGAACCUUUUCCUCAAACACCUCAUGCCACUAGCACAGGGACAACCGGUGCCAUUUUAGAUCUCAAUUUAAACAAAACGAAAAGUGAUAAAAGUACGUGUAACGAUGAAUCACCACAAGCAGACGCCAAAAAGCAAAAUGGAACGGCAUUCCGCACAAAUAGCCUGGGUAGCAGUACAAGAAGUCCGCCGUCUGAAAGGAAAAGCAAGUUUUCGAUAGGAAAAUUACUUAGACCGUGGAAAUGGAAACGGAAAAGAAAAUCGGACAAAAUGGAAGCCGUUGCUAGAACUUUAGAAAGAAAAAUAUCAGUCCGAGCCAAUAGAGAUGAUUUAGUAAUGAAAGGAAUUCUUUUACCAGAUAGUCCAUUAUCUCCCCUAAAAUCCGAGCCAGCCGAACCAAAUCUAUCCCAAUUCCCUCCAAGCGGUACCCAGCAGAUACCAGGUGGCGGUAACGGAAACAGUAACAACACGACCGGUAACGGAGGCGGUAACCUAACACCGCAGCUAAGCCACGGCGGUGCGGCCGGUACGCCGCAACCCCAACAACCGCCUCCCUAUCCCGUCCUACCGCCACCUCCCUCGCACUUGCCGACCAUGAACCACGCCUUGCUGCAACAACAGUUGUUGCAGAAUCCCCAUUUUGCACAGGCCAGUGCCAACGCCAAUGCCACUAGUAUUAGUAAUACCGAGCCGAAAAAAGAAAAGACUGAUGGAGCGGCACAGAACGGCGCUCUUUCUCCGAAUGGAGAAACGCCCUCGCAUGUCACUCAACCUCACGGAAUGGAAAAUGUCGGUAAGCCGGAAAGGCCGAGCACGUUGGGCCACGGAAAGCUAACCAGGAGAUUGUUGUGUUAUCACAGCGAAUAUUUUACCGAUGGUCAGGCUCCCCCAGGCAGCACUCCACCGCCUCACGAAAAGCAGCUUCACAACAUCCCUCCGCCACACCUGCCCAUGGGCGUCGGAGUGCCGUCGUUCAUGCUGUCUGAACUGCCCGAACCGCCCAUUCCCGUUUCGGAAAUCGGUCCUAUUCCACCACCGCCGAUGUUCAGCUCGCCUAGCCCGGUGCCCAACAGGUUGUCACCGCCACCCAACCAUCACAAUUACGAUUAUGACGAAAACGAAGACGAUGAAGAUGAUGAUGACGUAGAAUACGACGACGAGCAGUAUUUCCGAAUGCCCCAACCAGAUCCGUCAAUCGACACGAGCCGCAUCGACGAGAUUCCAGCUAAGGAACCAAAAUUCCAUGCCAUGCCAUUAAAAUCCGCACUGAAAAAGAAAUCAAACAGCGGUCCUGGUACACCGCAAGGUACACCGACUCAAGAAAAUAGGCCUCUAACAAUGAGACAACAGGAGUACAACUCUAGUUUCAAUAGCGGUAAACCUGUAAGAUUUGGUUUACCAACCACCAUAGAAAACAAAGAAAAUGCAAGGCCGUUUAUCAUCAGAGAGGAUGAAAGUGACAGUGACUCAAAUGACGGUCCAAUCCAAUACAGGGAUGAAGAUUCGUCAUUGUCCGAAGAAAAGCAAAUGGCUAUCAAGUUGGCUAGGAAGGAAAGUUUGUCGUUAAAAUUAGCUCUUAGGCCAGAUAGACAAGAACUAAUAAACAGGAAUAUAUUGCAAAUACAAUCAGAAAAUGAGAGGCAGGAGACUAAAGAGGCAAUUGGGGCUAGGCUGAUCAGACGGUUGAGUAUGCGACCUACUCAGGAAGAACUGGAGGAAAGGAACAUAUUGAAAAAACAAAGUCCAGCUGAAGAGAAGAAACAAAAAGAAGAAAAGAAACGAUUCCUGUUGCGAAAACUAAGUUUUAGGCCAACCGUUGAAGAAUUGAAAGAAAAAAAGAUUAUCAGAUUCAAUGAUUACAUAGAAGUCACUCAGGCUCAUGACUAUGAUCGCAGGGCUGACAAGCCAUGGACGAGGUUGACUCCUAAGGACAAAGCAGCGAUCAGAAAAGAAUUGAACGAGUUUAAAAGCUCAGAAAUGUCAGUACACGAAGAUAGUCGGCAUCUGACAAGAUUCCAUAGGCCUUGA